CGAAACGUCACUUUUUAAUUCGCUUUUGUUGUAGCAAUGUUCCAUUUUGACUAAUUUCUCUCUCCUUUCACCUUUGACAUGUCUCAUCCACUUACUCUCUCUUUUCCUCCCUUCCUCCUUCCCUCGCAGCCCCCGCCCUCGCCCCUGCUGCCUCAGCCGACGACUGAAGCCUCCCGUCGCAGCAGCACGGUGAGCGGACCGCCCGACCGCCAGGACUCGCGGAGAAACUCGACGGCUACGGACCAGACUGACGAAGGAGAGGCAGCCGAAUCGGAGCCGUCUCGUCACAUGCGGCUUUUCCUCGCCAAGCCGGGAACCACUCCGCUGACCGGCAUGUGCGUGUGUAUGGUGAGGACGAACCCACAGCGGUCUGUCACGGAGGAAAACGUACACAGGGAGGUGAACUUCCUGCUGAUCAAGAACGGCGACGACCCGGCCAUCCUGCUUCGUUCGGUCCAGAAGCUCCUGAGUAAGAUCUUCGUGCCGGCGGUCAGGGUCAAUCCGUCUGACCUCGACACCUCGGCCAGCGGGGUCAGCGCCAGGGACCACCUCCUGGCUGGGCUCAGGUCAUUCGCUUCUUGUCUUCAUGUGUCGAAAUCCAUCAUGGCGGAGCGAGUGAUCUUGGCGCCGCCCGAAGAGAGGUUGGACGAAGUGAGGUCCCUCUCGGACGCCCAGAUGGUCCUCACUCAGCCAGACCAAGUGCAGGCCAUCGAGAGGACGGUGCUCAUGUGGCUCAAGCAGAUAGAAUCGGUCCUGAUCGAGAUGGAGCAGCUGCGGCAGGAGACAGACGACGCAGGCCCUCAGGACGAGCUGGAGUACUGGAAGCGAAGGAUGGCCAAGUUCAAGUACCUGUCAGAGGAAAUGGAAACGCCACAGGUACGGGGGUCCGUCCUAGUGCUCCAGCUCGCGAGAUCAAAAGUCCUCAAGGCCUGGAAGGAGACAGAUGCCAGAGUGACCCAAAAUUUAGCCGAAGCCAAAGACAACGUCAAGUUUGUGUAUGCUAUUGAGGAAUAUUGCCAUCCACUGUAUCUUCAUGACCCGAUCACGAACCAGAUGAUAAGGUCAUGUCAGGUCUACGUGUCAUGUCAAGGCCUGGAGACGAUUUGGUCCCAGCCGCGCAAGGACGUUCGGGAGAAGAUCCAACACUGUUUGAAACUUAGCGCCACUUAUCGGAAUGCUUAUCAGAAGACUAAGGAGAAACUGGAAUCCAUCCCGGGCGAGAAACCGUUCAGCUUCAGCGAGCAAUACGUCUUCGGCAAGUUUGAAGCCUUCUGUUGCCGCCUCACCAACAUCUUGGGCCUUUUCGACGACAUUGACAAAUUCUCUGCAUUCUUCGAGGGACGAGCUGAGUGCCUUCGCGAUAUCUUGAAGUCGUGGCAAGAGAUGUGUUCCGAGAUCUCGCGAAAACCGUACGACUACCUGGACUACCGAGACCAUCGCUUCGACAACGACCUGGAGGUGUUUGCGGCCAGCGUGAGGGAACUCCUUCGAAGGAUACACACGAUGGUCGAGAAGGAACACGAGGAGAUAUGGGAGACGCCCAUGGCUAAUAAGAUGCUCGCUAGGUUUGAAAGAAUAGCAGAGGUGGUUCCUCACUUGGACGUGGAAGGAAAGCUGAAACGAAUUCUGGCGCGUUUCCACCAAGAGCUCGAGAAAGUGACGCGAAUGUACAACAAACAGUGUGAAAAUCCCCCGCAGCUCAGAGGCCUCCCACCUGUAGCAGGAAAAAUCCAGUGGGCACGAAGUUUGUUCCUCCACCUCGAGGAGCCUAUGAUGUUCUUCAAGGACCACCCGGUGCUCCUGAAGCUCCCCGAGGGCAAAGAGGCCGUCAGGAAGUAUAACCGCAUCGGCAGGACCCUCGUUCAGUACGAGCUCGCCUACUACGAUGCGUGGAGGAAGCAGAGUAUCAGCGACAUCCAAAAGUCGCUCCGAUGCACUCUCGUCGUCCAGCGUCCAGACACCGAGGAACUCUACGUCAACUGGGACCCGAGAAUCUCCACGCUGCUGCACGAGGCGACGAAGAUCCAGCAGCUGGGAUUCGAGGUUCCUUACAUGACUCAGCUGCUCUUAAACAGGGCCCCUCUCCUCCUUAAGAAGCGAGAUAUGGUGAAGCACCUUCUGGACGAGCAUGAGCGCGUGCUGUCAAAAGUGAACCCGACCGUGGCUCCUCUGCUGGUUCCUCACGUCACGAAGCUGAAAGAAGCACUCGAUCCCCUUCUCACGACGCUCACUUGGUCGUCUAUACAAGCCCAUAGUUUCUUCGAACAAGGAUUUGCGGCGAUACAAACCUUUCAGAUACUUAUUGACAGGGUGAAUGACAUCCUCCAACACCGCAUGGAGGGUGUGUUGGCUGCCAUGACCGGGGUUCGUCUUUACAUCCUACCAGACAUGAGUCCCUGGACCUUAGACUUGUUCGUUCAUAAUACUUGGCUCACCUGUUGUCAAGCCGCCCAGGAGUUGAACAGCCGAAGUAGAGUGGUCGAAGAUGCUGUCCUGGAGUUGAUCGACCUCGUCCUGAUGGGGGUCGAGAGCGGGACUGAAGGUCAACACACGUUCCUCACCAUUGAUGACCUUGAUGAUGCCGGUGACCUUGACGACUCGCGAUCGGUGUCAUCCGCGGGGGGGUCGUCACGCAGGAGCCCCGUCCCCGUGGCUGAAGGAGGCUUCUCGUCCGUGCUCGAGCUGCCCGCGAGGCCUCUCACGCCCCGGGAGAGGGCGGCGCGGAAGAAGAAGGAAACCAGGGAGAAAGUGGAAGCAGCUGCGAGAGACUUGCGUAAAACUUACCACCGGCGCGUGCUGGACGUUCUGGUGAAGUCCGUUCGUGGUGCCCUGGACUCCAUACGAAAGCAUACGAGUGUGACAGCCAACCGAUCACAGGGCGAAAUGAGCAGCCGCGGACACGCCGCAUGUGAGCUGGAAACCGGCCUGAACGUCCCUCUGGUGGAGCUAAGCGCGUCAUUGGUGUCCCCGGGUGUCCAGGUGUCCCCGAGCCUCGAGGAAGUGCAGGAAACCAUUAAUAAGGUGGCCAAAAUCAUCCUCUCGACGGCCAAAGGAGUCUCGCAGUGGGUCCGCUGUCGCAAGGAGGAUGCGGGGGAGCCACAGCGCGCCGAGCUGACUCCCUCCGCGCGCCGCCGGGCAUGGAGGAACCGCAGUGACGUCAUGGAGGUCCCCGCGAUGUCCAAGAACUACUACACGCACGUCCUCGAGAGCAAAGAUGUCUCGAAGGUCAUGAGUCACAUGGCCAACUCGUUCCAGGCGACAAAGAACGAGGUCCACCACACUUUCGCCGCGUGGGACCGAUAUCACCACCUGUGGCGGACGGAAAAGGAGCAGGCCAUCCGGGACUUUACGAGCCACUCCCCCUCGCUGCAGGAUUACGAUAAGAAACUCACAAGCUUCGUCAACUUGGAUAAGCAGAUACGCCGGGAACCUGCUCGGUAUCGGGUGGGGGCGCUGGCUAUUAGCACGGACAACCUGAAGAGCGCCCUUGUGAAGGAAACCACCCUGUGGGUCGACAAGUACGGCGAGUCCCUGAAGACAACCUACAUGAAGGAGAUGGAGCGCCUCUUCGCCCAGCUGAACGAGCUCUCCCGACGCCUCGAACGCCCCCUCAAGGACCUCGAUGACAUCAAGAGCGCCAUUGACAUCCUCAGGAAGACGCGUGACUUGGAACUUGAUAUGGACGAUGCUAUUGAUCCGAUCGAGGAAUCCUUUGGCUUGCUAGUGAAGUACGAACUUGGACUGACGCAAGAAGAGGCCGAGAGAGUCGACAACUUACGCUUUACUUGGCAGAAGGUUCUCGCACAGGCUGUCGAAGUCCAGAACCUUCUGUCGCGCGUCCAGCCCUACUUCAGGAACGAACUCAUCCACAACGUUGCACAGUUCAAGAAAGACUGCAACAAGUUCGUCCACGACUAUCGAGCUCAGGGGCCGAUGGUGCCUGGACUGGACCCGCGUGAUGCUUCCGACAGACUCAUUAUUGCUCAGAACCGCUUCGAUACCCUGUGGCGAAAGCACUCCAGCUAUUCCGUGGGCGAGGAGCUGUUCCGUCUUCCCCGCUCAGAGUUCCCCGAAUUGGGGCAGAUCCGCAAGGAACUCAACCUCCUCCAGAAGCUCUAUAAACUCUAUAAUGACGUUAUCGAUCGCGUGAGCUCUUAUUAUGACAUCCCUUGGGGCGAAGUCAACAUCGAGGAUAUCAAUAAUGAACUAAUGGAGUUCCAAAACAGAUGCCGAAAACUCCCGAAGGGCCUGAAGGAAUGGCCGGCCUUCAACACCCUCAAGAAGACCAUCGACGACUUCAACGACAUGUGUCCUCUCCUCGAACUCAUGUCCAAUAAGGCCAUGAAGCCGCGCCAUUGGCAGCGCAUCGCAGAAGUCAUCAGCAGGCCGCUGGAGGUGGACAGCGACAACUUCUGCCUCAGGAACAUCAUGGACACCCCCCUGCUGCAGUUCAAGGAGGAUAUCGAGGACAUUUGCAUAUCCGCCGUGAAAGAGAAGGACAUCGAAGCCAAGCUGAGAAUCGUGACCAACGAGUGGGCCGGACACGACCUCACCUUCUCGACCUUCAAGAACCGAGGGGAGCUGUUGCUGCGCGGGGACACCACGGCCGAGGUCAUCACGCAGCUGGAGGACUCGCUCAUGAUCCUUGGCUCUCUGCUCUCGAACAGGUACAACGCCCCAUUCCGAAAGCAGAUCCAGAAAUGGGUGAGCGACCUGUCCAACACCAACGAGAUUCUGGAGAGGUGGCUCUUCGUCCAGAAUCUGUGGGUGUAUCUCGAGGCUGUGUUUGUGGGCGGAGACAUCGCCAAACAACUGCCAAAGGAAGCCAAGAGAUUUUAUGUAAUUGACAAGAAUUGGCAAAAAAUUAUGGCAAGAGCACAUGACAACCCCAACGUAGUGACGUGUUGCGUGGGAGAUGACAUGCUGAAGCAGCUGUUGCCAUAUCUGCAAGACCAACUAGAGGUGUGCCAGAAGAGCCUCUCGGGAUAUCUGGAGAAGAAACGGCUGAUGUUCCCGCGCUUUUUCUUCGUCUCGGACCCCGCGCUGCUCGAGAUUCUUGGCCAGGCUUCGGACUCUCACACCAUCCAGGCGCACCUGCUCUCCAUCUUCGACAACACCAAGACCGUCCGGUUCCAUGACCAGGAUUACGACCGGAUAAUUGCCAUUUCGUCGUCGGAGGGGGAGGUUGUGCAGCUCGAGAAGUCGAUCCGCGCCGAAGGAAGCGUGGAGCUGUGGCUGAUGAAACUGCUCCAGAUGUCCCAGCAGUCUGUCCACGGGAUCAUCAGACAAGCUCACCACGUGAUACAGGACCCGGAUCUAAACGUCCUACGCUUUCUGGAGCAAUUUCCAGCUCAGGUCGGCAUCCUGGGCCUUCAGAUGAUCUGGACCCGUGACUCGGAAAUGGCCCUGACGCAAGCACGCGCCGAUCGCCGAGUAAUGCCGGAGAUGAACAACCGUUUCCUCGACCUGCUCAACCUGCUCAUCAACCAGACGACCCGCGACCUGGAACCUGUGCAGAGGACGAAGUACGAGACCCUCAUCACCAUCCACAUCCACCAGAGGGACAUCUUCGAUAGCAUGUGUCGAAACAACGUACGUUCUGUGAUGGACUUCGAUUGGCUGCGUCAGAGUCGCGUGUAUUUCAGGGAGGAUGUCGAUAAAACAAACAUCGUCCUCACUGACGUCACCUUCCUCUAUCAAAACGAGUUCGUGGGUUGUACGGAGCGACUCGUUAUCACACCUUUGACAGACAGGUGCUACAUAACGCUGGCGCAGGCGCUGAGCAUGAGCAUGGGCGCCUGCCCCACGGGGCCGGCAGGAACGGGCAAGACGGAGACGACCAAGGACAUGGGCAAGACUCUCGGCAAGUAUGUGGUCGUCUUCAACUGCUCGGAUCAGAUGGACUACCGUGGCCUUGGAAGAAUUUAUAAAGGCCUGGCACAGUCGGGGUCAUGGGGUUGCUUCGACGAGUUCAACCGCAUCGCCCUGCCCGUCCUCUCCGUGGCUGCCCAGCAGAUCGCCGUCGUCCACGCCUGCAAGAAGGAGCGUCGGAAGAACUUCACUUUCACUGAUGGUGACACUAUUAACAUGAACCCUGAAUUCGGCAUUUUCCUCACCAUGAACCUGGGCUAUCACGGCAGGCAAGAACUCCCUGAGAACCUGAAGAUCCAGUUCCGAAACGUGGCCAUGAUGGUGCCCGACCGACAGAUCAUCAUCCGGGUGAAGCUCGCGUCCUGUGGCUUCCUGGAGAACAUCACCCUUGCGAGGAAGUUCUUCACGUUAUACAAGCUGUGCGAAGAACAGCUGACGAAGCAGGUCCACUAUGACUUUGGCCUGAGGAACAUUUUGUCAGUCCUUCGCACUCUUGGGGCAGCGAAGCGAGCCAAUGCUAAGGACUCCGAAUCCACCAUCGUCAUGAGGGUUCUCAGAGACAUGAAUUUAUCUAAACUUGUUGACGAGGACGAGCCUCUGUUUAUGUCGCUCAUCGACGACCUGUUCCCGAGCAUGACGCAGGAGAAAGGCUAUUACAACCAGCUCACAACCACCAUCGCGGACCUCGUCUGUGAGCUCGGCUUGGUGAAUCACCCGCCAUGGCAGCUCAAGCUCAUUCAGCUCUACGAGACGCAGCGAGUCCGUCACGGCAUGAUGACGCUGGGUCCGAGCGGCGCCGGGAAGACCUCCUGCAUCCACGUCCUCAUGCGCGCCCUCACCAAGAUGGGCCAGCCGCACAGAGAGCUGCGGAUGAACCCAAAGGCGAUCACGUCGGCGCAGAUGUUCGGGCGACUGGACGUGGCGACGAACGACUGGACGGACGGCAUCUUCUCGACCCUCUGGAGGAAGACCCUCAAGGCCAAGAAAGGAGAGCACAUCUGGCUGGUCCUCGAUGGCCCCGUCGACGCCAUAUGGAUCGAGAACCUGAAUUCCGUCCUGGACGACAACAAGACCCUGACGCUGGCCAACGGCGACAGGAUCCCGAUGUCCCCGUGCUGCAAGGUCAUCUUCGAGCCGGCGAAUAUUGACAACGCGUCCCCGUCGACGGUGUCCAGGAAUGGCAUGGUCUACAUGAGUUCCUCCGGCUUAGACUGGGAACCGCUUCUUCAGGCUUGGCUCCGGACACGGCCUCAUCACGAGCAUUCAGUCAUCACGGACCUGUUCUCGAAUAACUUCCUCAAAAUAUUCACGUGGGCCAAACAGAACCUCCAGCUGUGUCUGCCUGUUCUACAAGUGAACGUUAUCUCGCAGGCCUUAAGUCUCUUGGAGGGCCAACUCCCCGACGUGGAAGACCUGCUGGACGACCCUAUCCUCCGCCGCCGCCGCAGCAGUCGCCGCCGCUCCUCAGCCUGGGCUAGAAACACAGGCAUGGAGACCCCAGAGGACACUUCCAAUAGCUUCUCUCCCGUAGAGACUCCUCGGUCGCCUUUCUUCGACGACGAACCCCAAUCGACGACGAGGGUGUUAGAAGGUCUCCUGCCCGACGAGGAACAGACGCAGAGCCACCACCGUCGAGAUCCAGAUUCCGAAGCCGAGGAAAUUCAGACUGAACAAGCGCCCAUUGAGGAGCACAUUCAACGGCUGUUUGUGUUCUCAAUCAUGUGGAGCAUCGGAGCGUUUAUGGAGUUGCCAGAUCGCGCAAAACUUGAGCAAUAUAUUCGCAAGGAGCAUCUGAGCCUGGACCUGCCUGAAGGGAGAGGCCCUUCGGAUUCCAUAUUUAACUACAGAGUUGAUGAUAAUGGUUGGUGGCAGCACUGGGAUUCCCGGGUCAGUGAGUACGUCUACCCUGACACUGGCACUCCCGACUACACUUCGAUUCUUGUGCCGAAUGUCGACAACGUUAGGAUGGACUUCCUCAUACAUGUCGUGGCUCAGCAAGGAAAGGGCGUAUUGGUGAUCGGCGAGCCAGGGUCAGCCAAGACCGUCACCCUCAACGCCUUCAUGAAGAAAUACAACCCCGAGGACCACCUCUGCCGCAAUUUCAACUUCUCCUCGGCCUCCACACCUCUCUACUUCCAGAGGACGAUCGAAAGCUACAUUGACAAGAGAAUGGGAAGCACCUACGGACCGCCGGCUGGCAAAAAGAUGACAGUGUUAAUUGAUGAUCUGAACAUGCCUCACAUCAACAGCUGGGGAGACCAGCCCACCAACGAGAUCGUGCGCCAGACCAUGGAGAUGGGCGGGUUUUACAGCCUCGAGAAACCGGGCGAUUUCAUUCACAUUGUGGACUUGCAGUUUUUGGCAGCUAUGGGGCACCCAGGCGGCGGCAGGAACGACAUCCCUCCCCGCCUGAAGCGCCACUUCUGCAUCUUCAACUCCACCAUCCCAUCGGAGUCCUCGAUUGACAAGAUCUUCGGAGUAAUCGCCCGGGGACACUUCAGCGCCAAGAGGGGCUUCAACCAGGAGAUUCGAGACAUGCUGGAGAAGGUCAUUCCGCUCACGAGGAAGCUGUGGGCGCAUACGAAGAGUAAGCUUCUUCCAACGCCAGCCAAGUUUCAUUACGUCUUCAACCUCCGCGAUUUGUCGCGCAUCUGGCAGGGGAUGAUCGGUGCCACGGCCAACGUAAUAAGCACCAGUGACACUCUAUUGGCUCUCUGGCGCCACGAGUGCUGCCGGGUGAUAGCAGAUCGUUUCACGACGCCCAAGGACGUGCGCUGGUUCGAGGACACGAUGGUGGCGCUGGCGAAGCAGGAACUGGGGCCGAGCCUGACCAAGAAGAUCUCUCAGACGCAUUACUUCGUCGAUUUCCUGAGAGACGCCCCGGAACCCACGGGCGACGAAGGGGAAGACCUGGACAUGGAGAUGCCGAAGGUGUACGAGCCCAUCCCGUCCUUCACCGCCCUCGAGCAGCGCCUGCAGAUGUUCCUGUCGCAGUACAACGAGAUCAUUCGCGGCGCCGGCAUGGACCUCGUGUUCUUCAAGGACGCCAUGAUCCACCUGACGAAGAUCUCUCGCAUCAUCCGAAACCCCGGAGGCAACGCUCUCCUCGUCGGCGUCGGAGGCUCGGGCAAGCAGUCGCUCACAAAAUUGGCUUCUUUUAUCGCCGGCUAUAAAACUUUCCAAAUUACUCUCACAAGGUCUUACAAUACAACGAAUCUCCUGGAAGACUUGAAGGUUUUGUUCAGGACGUGUGGCAUCCAAGGCAAAGGCACCACUUUCAUCUUCACUGAUCAGGAUGUGAAAGAAGAAGGCUUUCUGGAGUAUCUGAACAACGUCCUUUCGUCGGGCAUGGUGAGCAACCUGUUCAACCGCGACGAGCAGGACGAGAUCGUGAGCGAGCUGAUCCCGGUCAUGAAGAGGGAGCACCCACGCCGCCCACCCACGCCCGAAAACGUCAUGGAUUUCUUCAUCACGCGAACGAGGCAGAACCUACACGUUGUCUUGUGCUUUUCUCCGGUCGGAGAGAAGUUCCGGACCCGCGCGCUCAAAUUCCCGGGCCUGAUCAGCGGCUGCACCAUCGACUGGUUCCAGCCGUGGCCGAAGGAGGCGCUGGUGGCGGUGGCGUCGCACUUCCUCGAGGACUACGAGAUCAUCUGCUCGGACGACACGAAGAGCAGUCUGGUCAAGAGCAUGGGCUCCAUCCAUGACAACGUGGCGCAGCUGUGUUCCGAUUACUUUCUGAGGUACCGCCGCGCAGCUCACGUCACCCCGAAGUCCUUCCUGUCCUUCAUCAGCAUCUACAAGAAAAUCUACAACGAAAAGCGCGAGGACAUCGGGGACUCCGCGGCGAGGAUGACCUCCGGCCUGGACAAACUGCACGAGGCCUCGCAGGCGGUGCAGAGGCUCAGGGAGGAGCUCUUCGUGAUGGAGGAGGAGCUAGCCGUGGCCUCAGAGAAGGCUGAGAAGAUCUUGGUCGAGGUGACGAGGCGCGCGCGGGAGGCCGAGACCAUCAAGACCGAGGUGGAGAAAGUGCGAGACAAGGCCCAGGCUCUCGUCGACGACAUCGCCAAGGACAAGUCGAUCGCCGAGGAGAAGCUGGAGGCUGCGAGGCCGGCGCUGGAGGAGGCCGAGGCGGCGCUCAACACGAUCAAGCCGGCGCAUAUCGCCACAAUCCGCAAACUAGGUCGACCUCCUCACCUAAUCAUGCGAAUCAUGGACUGCGUGUUGCUCCUGUUCCAGCGCCGACUGCAGCCUGUCAAGGCCGACCCUGUGGCAGCCUGCCCCAAACCCUCUUGGCCCGAUAGCCUCAAGAUGAUGGCCAGCACGACGUUCCUGCUGUCGCUGCAGAACUUCCCCAAGGACACCAUCAACGACGAGGUGGUGGAGCUGCUGGAGCCCUACUUCGACAUGGAGGACUACGACAUGGAGACGGCGAAGAGGGUGUGCGGUGACGUGGCGGGGCUCCUGUCGUGGACCCGCGCCAUGGCCUUCUUCUUCGGCGUCAACAAGGAGGUUCUGCCGCUCAAGUCCAAUCUCGCCCUGCAAGAAGCCCGCCUGCGCGUGGCCAUGGCGGACCUGGAGCGCGCGCAGGCCGAACUGGACGAGAAGGAACGCGAACUCGACGUCGUGCGCGGUCAGUACCAAGUGGCUCUGGCGGAGAAACAGAAGCUGAUCGAUGCCGCUGACGUCUGCAGGAGGAAGAUGCAGGCAGCGGCCACCCUCAUCAACGGCCUGGCUGGGGAGAAAGUUCGCUGGACGGAACAGAGUAAAGCUUUUCGGGAACAGCUGGGGCGGCUGGUGGGAGACGUCCUGGUGACCACGGCCUUCCUCUCGUACGCCGGGCCCUUCAACCAGGAGUACAGGACCAGGAUGACGUCCAGCUGGCGGGAAAUGCUGGACACGAGAAAAAUACCAUACACCGCCGCUCUGGAAAUUACUACGUGGCUUGUUGACAAUGCGACUGUAUCCGAGUGGAAUCUGCAAGGCCUCCCGAACGAUGAACUGAGCAUCCAGAACGGCAUCAUAGUCAGCAAGGCUUCCUGCUAUCCUCUGCUCAUAGAUCCUCAAGGACAGGGCAAAAUAUGGAUCAAAAAUCGAGAAUCUUCUAAUGAGUUACAGAUUUCCUCGCUGAACCACAAGUACUUCCGCACGCACCUCGAGGACUCCCUGUCGCUCGGGCGGCCGCUGCUCAUCGAGGACGUGGCGGAGGAACUGGACCCCGUCUUGGACAACCUCCUCGAGAGAAACUUCAUCAAGUCAGGAUCGAUACUGAAGGUUCUAGUCGGUGACAAGGAGUGCGACGUGAUGCCCGGCUUCAUGCUCUACAUCACGACGAAGCUGCCCAACCCGGCCUACACCCCGGAGAUCUCGGCGAAGACAUCGAUCAUCGACUUCACGGUCACUGUGCAUGGCUUGGAGGACCAGUUGCUGGGCCGAGUGAUUCGCACGGAGAAGAGCGACCUGGAGAGCGAGCGCGUGGCUUUGAUCGAGGAGGUGAUGGAGAACAAGAGGAGGAUGAAGGAGCUCGAGGAUAACCUUCUGUUUCGUCUUACUUCGGUCCAGGGAUCCUUGGUGGACGACGAAGACCUGAUCAUGGUGUUGCAAGACACGAAGUCAACCGCGCAGGACGUGAGCACCAAGUUGCAAAUUGCAUCGGAGACGGAGAGGAAGAUCAACGGCGCUCGGGAGGAGUAUCGUCCUGUGGCAACACGCGGCUCGAUCCUCUAUUUCCUCAUCACCGACAUGGCGGCGGUCAACUGCAUGUACCAGACCUCCCUCAGGCAGUUCCUGGUGCUCUUCGAUAUGUCCAUGACGAAAUCAGACCGGAGCAACACGUCCAAAGGGCGGAUCAACAACAUCAUCAAAUACCUGACGUUGCAAGUGUGGCGGAAUGCCUGUCGGGGCUUCUACGAGAGGCAUAAGUUCCUGUUCACGCUCCUCCUGGCGAUGAAGAUUGAUCUGCAGUCGGGUCACAUCGGGCACCAUGAGUUUAUGAAGUUUAUUAAGGGCGGAGCUUCCCUGGACCUGAAGGCAGUGCAGCCCAAGCCCUUCCGCUGGAUCCUCGACAUCACGUGGCUCAACCUGGUCGAGCUCAGCAAGCUCCCUCAGUUCGUCAACAUCCUCGGCCAGAUAACGGAGAGCGAGCGAGAUUGGAAGCAGUGGUUCGAGAAGGAAAAACCCGAGGAGGAGGAGCUGCCUUGCGGGUACUCGCGGUCCCUUGACAUGUUUCGACAGCUGCUUCUGCUUCGUUCCUGGUGUCCGGAUCGCACGCUGUCUCAGGCCCGCAGAUACAUACGAAGUUCUCUCGGGGAACAGUUCGCCGACAGUGUUAUCCUGGACCUCGAAUCCACGUGGGAGGAAUCGGACAACCGAAUCCCGCUUGUGUGCUUCCUGUCUCAGGGUUCGGAUCCGUCCGUUCAGAUCGAGACUUUGGCGAAGGCGAAGGAAAUGGAAAUCCGCUCGAUUUCCAUGGGCCAAGGGCAGGAAGCGCACGCACGCAGGUUGCUGACGGAGGCCAUGACAACCGGGAAGUGGCUUCUGCUGCAGAACUGCCACCUCAGCCUCGACUUCUGCCAGGAAAUGCUCGACACGGUCACCGAGUCGGAGAGCAUCCACAAGACGUUCCGGUUAUGGAUCACCACAGAGUUCCAUCAGUCGUUCCCCAUCGGGUUACUGCAGAUUUCCAUCAAGUUCACCAACGAACCUCCUCAGGGCAUCCGAGCCAGUCUUAAGAGGACGUAUGGAGAUGUCUCACAGGACCUGCUGGACUACUCCAACGCCCACCAGUGGCCACGCCUCCUCUACGCCACCGCCUUCCUCCACACGGUCGUCCAGGAGCGAAGGAAGUACGGCGCCCUCGGCUGGAACAUUCCCUACGAGUUCAACCAGGCGGAUUUCCAAGCCUCCGUCCAGUUCAUCCAGAACCACCUGGAUGACAUGGACCCGAAGAAGGGCGUGUCUUGGGUUACCCUAUGUUACAUGCUUGGAGAAAUUCAGUACGGCGGUCGAGUCACGGAGGACUUCGACAAGAGAUUGUUACUCACCUUCCUCCAUGUCUGGUUUAACGAGCGACUUCUCACUUCUGAAUUUAAGUUCUACCAGGGUUACGGUCUGCCUUCGUGCAAAUGCCAAGCUGAGUACCUGGAAUUCAUUAACCUGCUUCCGACCACCGAUUCUCCGGAAGUCUUCGGCCUCCAUCCCAACGCUGACAUUACGUACCAGAUCAACACCGCUAAGAGCAUUUUGGACACCAUCUUAAGUAUGCAGCCGAAGGAAGGGGGCCAGAGAGGAGGAGAGACGAGAGAGGCUGUGGUUUCGAAACUCGCCAACGACAUGAUUACCAAGCUACCAAAAGACUACAUUCAGCAUGAGAUUCGCGAAGCCCUGCAGCGGAUGGGAGCCAUAUUGCCAAUGAACAUCUUUUUACGCCAAGAACUCGACCGGAUGUUGAAGGUCCUGAAGGUCGUGCGACAAACGCUGAACGACCUCCUCUUGGCCAUCGAGGGAACCAUCAUCAUGAGUCCGUCCUUGAAGGAGAUGCUCGACGCCAUGUACGACGCGCGGAUCCCGGACAAGUGGCGGAAGGUGUCGUGGGAAUCCAGCACCCUUGGCUUCUGGUUCACGGAGCUUCUGGAACGAGACCUGCAGUUCCGGCGCUGGUACGUCCACGGGCGGCCGAAGGCUUUCUGGAUCACCGGCUUCUUCAACCCGCAAGGCUUCCUCACUGCUAUGAGACAGGAGGUGACGCGCCAGCACAAGGGAUGGUCGCUGGACUGCGUCAUUCUGCAGAAUCUAGUAACACGUUUUAACCGCGAGGACAUACACGAACCACCUCCCGAAGGCGUGUAUGUCUACGGCCUGUUCUUGGAGGGCGCGUCUUGGGACCGAAAACAAGGGAAACUUAUGGAAUCGAGAGCAAAGGUACUGUAUGAACCAAUGCCAGUGAUCUACUUAUACGCCGUUAAUACCACAAGCGGAAAGGAUCCGAAUCUCUAUGAAUGCCCCAUAUACAGGAAACCACAACGCACUGACGCCACUUACAUAGGAUCAAUAGACUUGGAGACCGUGGACUUCCCUCCUUCUCACUGGACUCUCAGAGGCGUGGCCUUGCUCUGUGAUAUCAAAUAAAUACUUUUUUUUUUAUAAACAUGUUCAGUGCUUAUUAUGUCCGUCCAUCUGAAUGAAAAUAAGAAUUGCGAGUUGGAGUGAUGUGUGUGUAAUUCCGAAUUGAUUGUUAUUUUCUAAGAAUAGAAUGAUAAGGAACGUAUUUAAACGUCUUAACACCAUGAGUAUUUAAUUUCGUCGUAUACAUAGGUAUUGAACUUACCUACUUUUAUUCAUAUUCUAUUAGAUAUCAAUGUACUUACUGUAUUUCAAUAGGCUUCUUGUAAUAUGGAAUAAUAUAAAAUUUUCUAUCAAAGUAGAUAUCAGACAUUAUAGAUUGUGUGUCCAUUCUGCUAAAUACUUGAUGAUAAUUUUGUGUCAUGCGUUCGAGUGAACUAUCUGUUUUGAACAGAUAGUCAGAUAAACCAUCCUGUAACAUCACCACUACAUUCGGCUAUUAAGAGAAAAACUGACAGAAUUCCAGGUAAACUACAAGCUUUGGAAUGUCAGUUAAAUCAAAUUAAAGUAAGCACUGCCUGUCAGCUCCAGAGUAAGUUAUUUGCUCGUGGUUUGCCAAUAGUACUGACCGUCUUCCUUCUCCCCGUGAAAAUAUUGCAUCAGUGAUGUUUCUUUUUCUUCUUCGUCUUUUGUAAGAUUAAUUACAAAGAAAUUGACAUAUAUUGUUUAGAGUCCUUACGUAUUAAGGACACAUAUUCCUGUAUCCAUUUUUUCCAAUUACUAUCCUAUGAUGCUGCUACA